AGUGGAUCCAAGAUGGCGUAGAAAGUAAAGCUAGAUACUCUGUCCCAGAGUCAUGGAGGACAGAAGCCCACAGAAGUCAUGUGAAGAAGCCAUCAGAUCGUUAGUCAGGCAGGAGUAUGAGGCAGCGGUGGACCACAGCUCGGAGGCCCUGCUGGCUUUGGGACAGUGUCCUCCCGCCCCCAGCACGGCCCACUACCGCGACCGCGCUCUCCUCUACCGGAUAGCAGCUCUGAUUCAGCUGAAGAAUUAUGACCAAGCUGAUGAGGACUGUAGACAUGUGCUAACAGAGGAGCUGAGUAAGGGUGAAUGGAGCUUCAGAACUGUGCUACAAAACAUGGUGUUGGAUGGAAGUCUACAGGAGGUGUUUACGAUUCUCUCCAAAGCUCUGUAUGGAGAACCGCUGAAUGGAAUCAUGGCUAAGGAUAUGACCAGGCUGAAGAUACUCUUGUCUGAGAUGGAGACUGUAAGCAGUAAGAUGGUGACCGAGCAGGCAGGUGACUGCGAAGAGGACGUGCAUGAAGGUUGGCACUUCCGACCCCCUCCUCGAGGAGUCACCAGCAGCGAGGAGUACACUCUGUGCAAAAGGUUUCUAGAGCAGGGUCUGUGUCGAUACGGUGCCCAGUGUACUUCAGCCCACUCUCACGAGGAACUGACCGAGUGGCAGCAACGCUACGCCUCCAGACUCAUCCGCCUCAAACAGCAGCAGGAAGGAAAGCAUUACACCGAGAACUACACCGAGGCUCUCAUUGAGAAGUGGAUCAACUCCCUUUCCCCCGACAGAGUGCUUAACGAGUAUGUGGAUGGAAUCACAGUGGAACACAGCUCAGAUCUUUCAGUUACUGUCAACACCAAGAAGUCCUCUCAUUCUUGGACAUUCUCACUGUACUGCAAGCCUGCCCGCACGUUGCACCGCAUCGCCCUGCUCUACGAUGCCAACCGGCCGCAUUUCUCCGUCAUGGGCGUGUGCGCCGGCGACGCCUCCACCCUGGUGCCCCAGCAGGUCUGCGAGGGCGGCUGCCAGGAGUGGAGCGGAGUGGGACUGCUGCAGAACGGCAUGGAUCACUGCCUAUACACUGUGGAGGUGGCCUUCAGAACCGAGAUCUUCGGGACCUUCCGCCAGACGGUGGUGUUCGAUUUCGGCUCUGAGCCCGUUUUGAUGCAGAGGGUGAUGGUGGACGCAGCGUCCAUCGAAGACCUGGAACACUUGAUGCAGGCCCGCCAGCAGCUCCUGAUGACCGCAAAGCGCUGGGACUCGUACUGCAAGACCAUCGUCGACUUCGUCCCCAACGAGAACAUGGAACUGGAGCGCAGUCUGCUCACCCGCUAUCAGAUCCCGCUGUCCGCCGAUCAGCUCUUCACCCAGUCGGUGCUGGACAAAAUGCUUACGCUGGACAACUACCAGUCUCGCCUGCACGACCUGCUGUACAUUGAGGAGAUCGCUCAGUACAAGGAAGUCAGCAAGUUCAACAUCAAAGUCAACCUGCAGCUGGUCUCCAGCUUCAUGCUGACCGGCAUCUCCGGCGGUGCCAAGUACGCCCAAAACGGCCAGCUGUUUGCCCGCUUCAAGCUGACCGAGACCCUGUCCGAGGACACUCUCGCGGGAAGGCUGGUGAUGACCAAGGUGAACUCGGUGCUUCUGCUACCCCUGAGUCGGGACCCGGCUAGUCAGGGACAGCCGGCCAGUUCCAAGGAGCGCGUCUACGAGGCCCUGAUCGAGGAGAAGACCAAGGACUACAUCUUCCUGCGCAUCUGCAAGGAAUGCUGUGAGGAGCUUAAUCUGAUGCAAGACAGAGAGCUGCAGGUGGAGCUACAGUUUCAGCUGAACAGACUUCCUCUGUGUGAGAUGCACUACGCUCUGGACCGUCUCCGGGACAACAGCAUCCUCUUUCCCGACACUAGCCUAACUCCCAUCAUCCCGUGGAGCCCCAACAGGCAGUGGGACGAGCAGCUAGACCCUCGAUUAAACGCCAAGCAGAAGGAAGCCAUUCUGGCCAUUACCACCCCCCUGUCAAUUCACCUUCCUCCCGUGCUCAUCAUCGGCCCCUACGGCACGGGCAAGACCUUCACACUGGCUCAGGCUGUGAAACACAUCCUUAAACAGCCUGACUCACGGGUCCUCAUUUGCACCCAUUCGAACAGCGCAGCAGACCUGUACAUAAAGGACUACCUCCAUCCAUACGUGGAUGCAGGAAACCCGCACGCAAGACCACUCAGGGUUUACUUCAGGAACCGCUGGGUGAAAACGGUGCAUCCGGUGGUGCAGCAGUAUUGCCUGAUCUCUGGUACUUACCUCACCUUCCAGAUGCCCACCCAACAGGACAUCGAGCGCCACAGGGUGGUGGUAGUCACCCUCAGCACCUCCCAGUAUCUCUGUCAACUUGACCUGGACCCUGGGCUUUUCACACACAUCCUGUUGGACGAGGCGGCCCAGGCUAUGGAAUGUGAGACCAUCAUGCCGCUGGCUCUGGCUAGUAAAACCACACGUAUCGUCCUGGCUGGAGACCACAUGCAGCUGAGUCCGUUCGUAUACAGCGAGUUUGCGCGGGAGAGGAACCUGCACGUGUCCCUGCUGGAUCGGCUCUACGAGCACUACCCAUCCGAGUACCCCUGCAGGAUCCUGCUGUGUGAAAACUACCGCUCCCAUGAGGCAAUCAUCAACUACACGUCGGAUCUGUUCUACGAGGGCAAGCUGAUGGCCAGCGGCAAGCAGCCCCCCCAUAAGGACUUCUACCCUCUGACCUUCUUCACAGCCCGGGGCGAAGACGUGCAGGAGAAGAACAGCACGGCCUACUACAACAAUGCUGAGGUCUUUGAGAUCGUGGAACGUGUCGAAGAGAUGAGAAAGAAGUGGCCGGUGGCCUGGGGGAAGCUGGACGAGGGCAGCAUCGGAGUGGUGUCGCCCUACGCAGACCAGGUGUUCCGGAUCCGCGCCGAGCUCCGUAAAAAGCGAAUGCAUGAGGUCAGCGUGGAGAGAGUGCUUAACGUGCAGGGUAAGCAGUUCCGCGUGCUGUUCCUCAGCACCGUUCGAACCCGCCACACUUGCAAGCACAAACAGACGGCCAUCAAGAGGAAGGAGCAGCUGGUGGAAGACUCCACCGAGGACCUCGACUACGGUUUCUUGUCCAACUACAAACUUCUCAACACUGCCAUCACACGUGCCCAGUCCCUGGUGGCUGUCGUAGGAGACCCCAUCGCGUUGUGCUCCGUGGGACGCUGCAGAAAGUUCUGGGAAACGUUCAUCUCCAUCUGCAACGAUAACGGCAGUCUGCACGGCAUCACUUUCGAGCAGAUCAAGGCCCAGCUGGAGGCUCUGGAGCUGAAGAAGACCUACGUGCUAAACCCGCUGGCCCCGGAAUUCAUCCCGAGAGCUCUGAGAGCCCAGCAGCCUCAGGUUCCCGGCAAACACCAGCACUCCCCACCUAAGGCAAAGGGACAGCUUGCCAAUCACACGGAGCACUUUCCGUCUGAAGGCUUUGUUCAACCCAGCGCUGCCGUGUUAAUGGGGAAUCCCAUUCAGGCUUUUACUCCACCCGGGGGAACAGCGCCAGCCUCGGGUAAAUCCCCUAGCCCCGUGCAGCGUAUCGACCCUCACACCGGAGCCAGCAUCCUCUACGUGCCCGCUGUCUACGGGGGCAAUAUGGUCAUGCCCAUGUCUCUGCCGUUGCCAUGGCCGGGCUACCAGAACCGUUUUGCCAUGGACCCUCGCAUCAUGAGUCACCCAGCAGCCAUGGCAGCCUACAACUUGAACCUGCGACCUGCCGUCAAUCGAGCGUCUCCCGUGCUUUACGGCCUGGGCCAACCUUCCCCGCUGGGCAUCGGCCAGCUACCCGCCACAGACAAAGAGCUUUUACAGGAGCCUAAUGCUAACGGUAAGGUUGAUGUUAAUGGAAAAGUGGAGCACAACAGGCUGCUGACCCCUGAAAGAAAAGCUCCAGAGCUGAAAGAAAAACAGGUUGAGCCUGAGCCUGUUCAUAACAAAAGCCCAGAGGCCCACGCCAGCCUGCUCUAUUCCUCCACCCGCCUCCUACGCAAGGACCCUCCGACCCAGCGCCCCCUCGGCUUCCCCCUGCCCCCUCCUCACCCUGCCUUCGUCCCCCACGGCCCUCCGGGUCACCUGCCGCACUACGGCCUUCCCAGACCUCUUCGAGUGCAGCCCCAGCCCCCCGCCUACCCUCCGUCAUUCUUCAGCGGCCACACUUUGGGUCAGCGCCCCCUGCACUCACCGGGCCUGGAAGGGUUGGACAGCGGGGAGAGCAUGGUGGGUAACGCUGUUCCAGAUGAACUGAAGAAUGUCGUGAGAGGGCUGCCUUCACAGCACCAGUCACAUCAGCAGCAACAUCAGCAGCAACAUCAGCAACCACAUCAGCAGCCAAUGCGCCUCAACAGCUUCGGAGAGGAGAGUCUCGAUUCGCUGUUGGGUGACUCUCUGGAUGGCCAGAGCUGUUCAGGUCUGGAUACUCUGGCUUCCCAACAGCAGCAACAGCAGCAGCAUCAGCCGCCAGUACGUCUGAGCCAUUGGGGCGAGCCCGGGCCCUUCCUGCAGGGUGCAAUCCCUCCCUUUACCCUGGCGCAGCAGCUGGCACACAUGGGCCAGCCGGGCAUGCGGCUUCCCCAUCAGCUUCUCCGUGCCAACUGGGGCCUGGGUGCUAGCGCUGAGGACGAGAACAGAGUGCCCAUGUCCAGGUACCCCGGUCUGCUCCCCCAGGAGCCAUACGAGCAGCGAGAAGCCACUGAAAUGCCGCCCCCUCAGUCCCGCCUGCUACAAUACCGCCAGGUGCAGCAGCCCCACCCUCCAGGAGAGCUACCUUCCCCACCCUCCUCCUCAUCCGCCCUGUCUUCUGCUCCCUCUAGUUCCAACAAUCACAACCACACCCCCCUCCAGGGACCUUUCCCUUUCUCGGAGACCAGCUGUGAGCUCCCUUUUCAACAGCAGCAGGCCUUCAGCCAGGGCUCCCUCCCCCUUCAUCCCGAGCACGUUCCCGUCAAGUACCUCUUACCAGAGGCCCACUGGCACCAUGCUAGCGCGCAGCAGUGCCCGCCGCUGCCGUUCGGCCUACAGCACGGCCCUUUUACACAGAUGCAGCUACAUCAGCACAAACAGCAACAGCAGCUCCAGGCCUCACACAAUGCCCUCCACAGUCUAGAAGAGUAUGAACCACGGGGGCCCGGACGGCCCCUUUACCAGAGGCGGAUCUCCUCCAGCUCUCCUCAGCCGUACAGCGAGAGUAUGGUGCAGUGUAAGGAGCCUCAGGAUCCCGCGGCCUCCUUCGCGUAUUCCCAAACAGACCUGUGGCCCGCCCCGGGCCCCGCUCCUCUACAUAACAUUCCGUGCAAUGGAGCCAGCCGUCUCGUCCCUGACAGGGAUAUUUUAGUUUCAAAAGUGAUGAGCGGUGCGGAGGAGCACGUCCAGCCCGAGUGCGCGCAGCAACCUCCUCAGCCGGCCGGCCUCGCGCCUCUCCAGCAGCCCGGACACUUCCCAGCCCUCCUGCCCAGCAAGCAGAUACCCCCGGACCCCGGAGGAGCGGGCCCCGCGCCAGCCCCCGGCCACCCCAAGACCCCGACCAUGUCGUACGCCAGCGCCCUCCGAGCCCCUCCGAAACCUCGCUGCCCGCUGCCCGAGCAGGCCAAAAAGAACAGCGACCCGAUCUCAUUGUUACAGGACCUUAGCAUAGGGAGUUCCAACAGUAGCAAUGGCUAUUACUCAUAUUUUAAAUAAGUGCAUAUAUAUAUAUAUGAAUAUAAAUAUAUAUAAAUAUAAUACACCCUCUUAAUUAAAAAUUCCAAACAAACAAAAAAAAUAGAAUAACAAUCAACAAAAAAUCAACGUUAAAAAAAAAAUGCUUUUGAUUUUGGUCUAGUUAGUCUUUUUGCGUUUUAUUAUUUUUUACUUUAUUUAGUUAGUCCUUUCUUUUACAGUUUGACUGUGCUUUAACAAAUGAAAGUCAGCAUAUAUAUUAAAAACGUACCAAACCGUUGAAUAUAAAAAAAAAACCACAAACGUUUAUGAAAACAGAAGAUUUUUUAAAACACAGAGAAUCGGUUGACCAUUCGGCUGCUCGUCUUUUCUUCUCCUGGAAUUAUGUCCGCUCUCUUUGCAUUUACUAGCUGUAGUAAACUAGUAAGUUGAAGUGAUUUUAUUUCCCGGCUGGCUUUUAAUUAUGAGUUCUUUAAUCAUUAUGGGUGUGUGUUUCUCGUGCCGGCAGCUGAAUGAUGAACCGACUCGGACAAAAAAAAUAUUAUAAAAAACUUGUAUAGCUGUAGACAGACUUUUCUCAGACUGUACAUAAGAAUAAAGACAUAAAACAAA